GACCAUUGAAGACUUAAGAGCCCUUUGUCCACGUGUACAAAAAUGUUUUGAGGCAGCGGCUGAAGCCACAGGUGCAAAACUUAAAUCGAAAUGGAUGCGAGAAGUUUAUGACGUAAAAAUAAAUUCACCAAUGGCAACGCGUUACGAAACUUAUAAUUCUCAAAAAUUCGGAACCAAAUUCCCUUCAGAAGAACAACAAUCUUUAAUUACAUUCGGUACUACAGAUCAAGGAAAUGUAACAUAUGUAGUCCCAGGAAUUCAUCCUACUUAUAACAUUUUUGAGUCACCUGCUAAG